CGAGUGUAAACAUUAAUUUUACUAUGAAAUGGCGAUGAGAAAUAUAAUGAAUUAUGUAGUCUAAUUUUUAAUCUACACAUAGUGAGAAAUACGCUUAGGUAGUUUGUCAAUUUUGAAAAACAGUUGGAAUAUAUUUAAAUGAAAAUGGGUCUUUUAACUGAUCCUAAGGCUGGAAAUGGAGAAAUGGCUAAAUUCAUCCUUAGAUGGGAAAAAGUGCUUUGUUAUUUGUUAUACUUUUGUGGUAUAAUUUGGAUGAUGUGUUUAGCCCACCCUUUUUUCAACGACAAUACUUACUACUCUGAAAAUGCAUUAUUGCCUGGUCUGGUAAAGAAAGAAAGUAAUUUGAUGCCUACAUCAAAAGCUUUUUAUCGCGAAUUAAGUUCAGAAAGAGAAAGAUUUCCAGAUAGAAUGCCUUAUGCUUGGAUAAUAGCAAAAUUCCAUCAAUUAAAUAUUGAAGUUUAUACUCAUAACUUUACAUUAAAUUAUCCUUUCCAUUCUUAUAAGUACACUGGGCAAAAUAUUUAUGGAAUAGUUAGAGCUCCACGAGCUGCUAGUACUGAAGCAAUUGUUGUCAGUGUACCAUAUCGUUCAAUUACAAGUGUUCAUCCAGAUACUACACCUUCAGUGGCAUUGUUACUAGCUUUUGCUGAUUUUUGUAGACAACAAAGAUAUUGGGCGAAAGAUAUCAUUUUUUUAGUAACAGAACAUGAACAGUUAGGGAUGCAAGCAUGGUUAGAUGCAUAUCAUAAUGUAGUAAGUGGGCACGAGGGUAUCUUGCUCUCCGGUGAUCUUGCUGGUAGAGCUGGUUCCAUUCAAGCAGCCAUUAAUUUAGAACUUCAUUCAAUGGCAAUCACAUCAAUAGAUGUCAAGAUUGAAGGUCUCAAUGGUCAAUUGCCAAAUUUGGACUUAUUUAAUCUGGCACAAAACAUGAUCAGUAAAGAAGGAAUUCGUAGAUCAUUUCAGCGUCGUUUUGACACUUAUGAGAGAGAUCCAGUAAAAAAAUGGUCGUAUCAUUUUCAUACAUUAAUGUCAAUGAUAAUGGCUCAAUCUACUGGUAUACCAAAUGGUAAUCAUGGCCUAUUCCAUAGAUUUGGUAUUGAGGCUAUCACUUUAGAAGGAUUUGAUAAUUUAAAAGAAGGAGCCCAGCGCAAUUUCUACAAUGUUGGAAGAAUAGUUGAAAGUAUCGUACGCUCAGUAAAUAAUUUAUUAGAACGCUUUCAUCAGUCAUUCUUUUUUUAUUUAUUAACUUGUACAGAUCGAUAUAUAUCAAUUGCCUUGUACAUGCUUGCAUUAGUUUUGAUGGUCGCUGGAUUAUUCAUCAAAGCAUUCUCAUUAUGGUUGAGGUUGCAAGAUUCAAGUGUUGAAAUGGAUAAUUCCAAAUCAAAAGAAAAGAAAAAAAUUGAAUCAAACCAGGUAUCUGAAUUUAGUGUGGGAAGUAUAGCUUCAGAAAUCUUGUGGACUCACACUGUAGGAGCUCUUCUAAUGUCAUCUCCAAAGUUUUUCGUUCCUAUGAUUAUUAAACACUUUGGAUUUAGAACUGAAGAUGCAGUUUUUUAUAGUUUUCUACUUAUUACCAUUAUGUCAAUUAUUUGGCCAAUAUUUCUCAUCAAAAGAAAGUCAAAGUACAGUAAUACUGCUCUGGUCUGUGUCAUCACCUGCGUUGAAUUUGGAACUGCUUUAACAUGUAUAGCAAUGCACAAUUUUUCCUUGGCUUUCUUAACUGCUGUUGUUUAUGUACCAAUUGUUCUUUCUAUCUAUCCAAAACAGACUAUAACAAGUCGGUAUCGAAAAAUAUUGAAUGUCAUUUGGCCCCUAUUGCAUCCAUUCAGCAUUAUCACCAUCAUUGUAUUUAUGUACGGUUUUAUCAAUUAUAGAGAUGAAACGAUCUUGUCUGUACUAGUCAGAUCACUAAAAGCUACGAAACAAGCUUUCGUUCUCAGUAUUUUUGAUUCUAUGAUUUACGGUAAUAUGUUGUACAGCGUUACCGUGGCAAUAAUGUUACCAAUUUGGCUUCUAUACUGGAAUAUUAUUCACAAAAAUACAGAAAUAAAUACGUAAUUCAUUGCCACAAAUUUUUAUUUGUGAGAAAUAAUCCGCUUAGUGGGGCAGAGGAAAAGCCCGGAAUGUUUUUUUUUUUCACUUAGUCGAUAAAGUUAUGAGUGCUUGUUUUGAAAUAAGAAUAAAUGUAACAAAUUUUGUAAUAGGAU